AUGGCAGAGACAGAGGAGCGCGAGGAGUCCGUUCGAAAGGUGCGUGAGAAGUUGGAGUUCCUGCUGUCGCGAGACAACUUGCAGGAGGAUUGCUUCAUCCAGAUGAACAUGGAUUCGCAGAUGCAGAUCCCCAUCCCUAUUCUUGCUGGCCAUCAGCAAUUUGAGGAAAUGGGCCAUGUAGCAGACAUUGCUACGCUCUUUGAUGCGGCGCUUAGCUCGGAGCAUGUCAUCGUUGACAAGGAGAGCAUGCAGAUCAAGCCCAUCUUGAAGAGCAAGCGGAACACCGUCAUCCUGCACGAUCUGCCGGAGGCGAUUCCUCAAGAGGCUUCGGUGGACUUUGCUGCUGGUGACCGUGUGCAUGUGUGGAGCUCUUCGGCCAAGAGGUGGUUCGACGAUGGCGAGGUGCAGGCGAUUGCACCGGACGGCGCCGUCCAUGUGCGCUUCAACAAUGCUCGGCCAGCGAGCAAGGAGGUGCCAGGGCGCCAGGCUCACAAGGUCUUGCGCAAAUUCGGCAGUGGCUCAGCACGCCGCACGGACCCACGAGCCGUUCUGCGCCAGGCGAUUGGCACAGGCCUUGGACCACGAGACGCAAAACGGCGCUGCGAAGAGGUGUUCGCCCAGUGCGCCCAGGGCCGCCGGGGCAUCUCCCAGGCGGAUCUGUCCCAGUUUCUGCGCUCGCUGGGCCACGAAGCCCGAGCAUCACUCCUGUCCGCGCUGUUUGCACGUGCCGAGAAGAAUGCGGGCGCCAUGGAGCUCGACAGCUUCACUUCUUGGGUCUACUCCGGGCAUGGGUUGCAGGCAUCAAGUGCGCAGGAGCCUCUCCAUGGAGAAGAGCCUCCUCGAGCGAUGAGCAAGCCGGGCUUUCAGGCUCUGCGUCCAAGCAAACGACAGGCAGCAGAGCCUUCGGGGGCCUGUGCUCCCCAGAAACGCAGCAAGACGGACGAGGUGCAGGGAGUUCUGGCCAAGCCGCAGCUUUCCGGCAACGUCGGCAACCAAAAGGAGGUGUGCCAGGCAGCAGCCAAGGACUGCAAGCAGAUCUUCGACGGCUGUGCUCUACUGCUCUGUAGCCGAGGAGGGGCCAUGUCUUCUACGCGGAGGCAGCUUCUGCAGGAUCGAAUCUGCGAAGCUGGAGGCAACCUUCGUGAGUCCUGGGAUGAGACGGUGACUCACGUCGUAGUGGCAGGUCAAUUGCCAAGGGCCAUGCUGAUGCGAGACUACCCAGACGCCAAGAAUGGCUCUGGCUUCAAAGCGGUGGUCACCGACGCCUGGGUCUGCGAGUCCCUGGCGCUGGGGCGCCGCCUGCCGGAGGUGCGCUAUGCUUGGUGCCCCGUGGCCGAGGGCGAUGGCACCGAACCGCCGCAAAGGAAAGAAGGAGCUUCGACGCAGCUGUCCAUCAAGAAGGAGCCUCAACAGGUGUCGAACAAGCUCGACACCUUGGCCGAAUGCGUUGGCGAGCCGGGGUGGGGUGUGUUCGCAUCUCCGGAUGAUCUCCGCGCAAAGAUCGUGGAAGAGUUCCGCACCUGUGCUGCAGCCUGGGCGGUGCGUGGCGACAAGUGGCGUUCCUGGCAGUACAAGAAGGCCGAGCAGCUGGUUGCCCAGCUGCGUGGCGCGUUGCAGCGCGAGGAACUGCGAAAUUCUGGUCUGACUCCGAAGUUCGUGCAGAAAUGCCAGGAGAUCCAGGAGAAGGGUUGCCUCCAGCAAGCCGAUGGCUUCCGCAAGGAUGCCGAUGUCCAUGCUCUGCUCGAGAUGACCAGGAUACACGGCGUGGGCCCUGCGCUGGCGCAGACGUGGCUGAGAUGCGGCGUGCGCUCGAUUGCGGAUGUCCGCCAGCGUGUGGAUUCGCUUCCUGGAAACGCUGGCGGCCCUGCCACAGGACUGACGAAGGCCCAACGCUUGGGGCUGCGCUUCGUGGACGACUUUCAGGUGCCCAUCUCCCGCUCGGAGGUGGAGCGCGUGCACUGCGCCGUCCUGCGCGCCGCCGAGGCUGCAGGCUGCGUCGCAAGCGUGGUUCCUUGCGGGGCCUACCGCCGCGGAGAUGUAUUCUGCUCGGGGAUGACAUUGGUGGUGUGCUUGGACGGUGAGGGGGCUGUAGAGUCCGACACUGCCGCGUACCUCCUGGCGAUGGAGUCUGGCGGCGUGAUCGUUGCAGAUCUCAGCAGCAACGCGCCCCAGUCUGCGAAAGCCGUCAGGGUACCUGGAGACGAUGACCCAACGGGCUCGGCCCAGGCAUGCCUUUGCGUGGUGCGGGGCUGUCCGAUCGAGGGUGAGCCCAUGAGGUACAGGAGGUGUGACUUCGUGUUUUGCCGCCGCGCGGCGCUGCCCUUCAUCACUUUGCAGUGGACAGGAAGUGAUGGUGGCCUUUUCAACAGGGAGAUGAAACGCAUCGCCGCCCUUCGUGGCCUGCACCUCUCGCACACUUACAUGUGCAAGGCCGAUCGAGAAGGAGCUCGUGGUCGCCAGGUGGGCGAGAUCUGCCGCGCUGGUGCCAAAAUCGAUUGUGCCGACGAGAGGGCAAUUUUCGCAGCCAUCGGCAUUUCAUACAGGCCACCGGAACGACGAGACGCUUGGUUAGUAUUCAGUUCCAUGAGCAAAGCAUGCUACAACCAGCAAUAG